UCCUUUGUAGCCUUUUGCUUUAAGUUUUUCCACCUAAGCCGAACCUGCUCAACACUCCGCCGUUGGCCACUACCAGUGGCAUUAAUUUGCCUUGUUAUGUCGGCCCAUAUUUUAUUUUUUACUUUUGAGGACAGAGAACUCUGUCCAGGACCACUAAAACCUCCAAAAAGGGCCUGGUAAUUGGCACGAACACCCUCCAAAAGGGCCGUUGUCUCUGCUGUUGUGAAAUUACUUCCUUUAUUCUUCUCCAUGUUGUCUGAGAAAGCCCUAUCACUAAGGAAGGCCUUAAAUACCAUAAAGCUAAAUUGAAAGCAGGUGAGAAAGAACAGAUCACAGACUUUAAAACUGGGCUCGUUAGGUCAAUGACCUUUGCUUCUGCAACAUGACAUCCAUAGUACAUGUCCUGCGGCACCGUCGGAGACGAUACAAGCCUCGUCAGUAUGUCCAACGAGGUAAUUUCAUUGAGCAGUACUCAAAUGAUGACCUUUAUGCACGGUUUAGAUUUCGAAGAGAAGAUAAUUUGGAAAUAUGUGAAAUUCUUCGCCCACAUCUUCAACGUCCUACAAGAAGGAGUCAUGCCUUAACUGUGGAGGAGCAGGUGCUUAUUGCCCUACGUUUCUUUGCCUGUGGAUCCUUCUAUGAAGUCAUUGCAGAUGGCCUGGCUGUGACAAAGUCUACAGUGGGACACGUCAUGCAUUCAGUGGCAGCAGCCCUGGCUGGUCUAAUUCACCAGUAUGUGAGAUUUCCAGAUACUGAGGAAGAAAUAACACAAACCAAGAGAAAAUUCUUCUCAAUUGCCAGGAUGCCUAACACUAUUGGUGCCAUUGACUGCACCCACAUACACAUUCAGGCACCCCAUGAAAGAGAAUGGGAAUUUGUCAACAGAAAGGGACGGCAUAGUAUCAACGUGCAGCUCAUAGGGAAUGCUGACCUUAAAAUAACCAACUGUGUUGUGAGAUGGCCUGGUUCUGUACAUGAUGCAUGGAUUCUAAGAGAAAGUCAUCUCUACAGAAGACUGCAACAAACUGCGCCGGAUGAUAUCCUCCUGGGUGACAGUGGCUACCCACUUCUACGGUGGCUUAUGACCCCCUUUGCUACUGUCACAUGUGACCCACAGCAGAGGUAUAACAAUGCACACAGCGCAACAAGGGGAACAAUUGAGCGUAUCAAUGGUGUUUUAAAACGCAGAUUUGCCUGCCUGAACUAUCUUCGUGUGGAGCCGAAGCAGGCCUGCAAUAUAAUAUCUGCCUGCAUUGUUCUUCAUAACAUUGCCCAAUUGAGAAGAGUUCCUCUGAAUGAAGACAUCCUGGACAGACCACCACUUGAGGCAGAAGUACCACAGCUGCAGCCACCACCACCACCACCACCACAUCAAGCAGAUGAACCAGCAGGAAGAGCAGUUCGAAAUGUCAUGGUUAAUUUGUAUUUCUCUUGAUCCUCAUUGAUAAGGUCUGGUGCUUUUGUUUAACAAAACUUCGAUUUGUAUGUUUAAGUUUGAAUAUGAAUGCCUUAUUUAAGUAACAGUUUUUUUUGUUAAGUUACCCACUGAUAAAGGCCUCCACUGAAA